GGUCAUGAUGGAGAUAAGUAUUGAUAAAAAUAAUACUCAAGAUGAGAUGGAAAAUGCAAAUGGAGCUGAUUGGCAGGAAGAGGUUUAUCAAAAGAUCAAGUAUAUGAAGGAGAUGUAUUUAUCAGACCUCAAUGAUUUAUACGAGAAAAUUGAUCAUCAAGUGCAGCAGCAUAACUCUCAUCAAAAGGAGAACAUUGAAAAGCUCGAGAUGUUCAAAGUGACACUGGAACACAUUAUGCAUUUCUUGUGGCUUAAGAAGCAGGACAUUCAACUUAAUCACAAGGGCAAGCUGGUCACGGUUGAGAAGAAGAUAAGUUUCUUUCUAAGGUUCAAUUGGGAACGCAGCGUGACUUCUUCUUCUCUACAGCAGGGGGAACUUCAUCAUGCUAACAUAAGCUCAUUUAGUACACAAAGUGGAACGAACCUCGUACAGGCAAACCUCAAAUCCGUACAGCAAAAUUCAAGCGUGCUGCCACAUUUACUUCCUAUACAGCCCGUGCAGCAAAUGAUGCCGAACAAACAAUUAAAACCUCUGUGCAACCGGCUGCUGAUACAGCAACAACUUCUUCGAAGUCAGCAGUUAAUGGAACAUCAGCAAGCUAUGAACUCACUGCAGCAGUUAAUGCAACGGAAUAAUUUCACCAACUUGCAACAUAUAUCCUUGUCUGGUGUAUCGACAAAUAUCAACACUCAGCUAUACAUGAUAAAUUCAGUAAAGCCUGGUUUCAAUUUCGAUUUGGGACUGAGUAAUUCUUUGAACUCCCCGCAACAGCUGUCUACUGGAUUUUUGCAACAGCUGUCUACUGGAUUUAACAAUCUUCAACUGGUAACAUAA